GCUGUCUUAGAACAAAUGGAAAGGAUUUGGAUAAAGCAGAAGAUGGAGUAUCACCUGAAAAAAAACGGAAAAAGUAUUUGACUAAUUAUACAAAGGAGAAUUUAGAUACCUACAAAGCAGCACUUGACAAGGCCAUGAAGCUUGCUACUAACCAUAACCUGCGUCCAGUCAAAGGAAGGACUGUUAUACUUUGCAACCUUGUUGAUGAAGGGGCAAGGAAGAGUGCUUGCAAAUCAGCGAAAGGACUUGGAAAAUCAUGGACUAAACAGCAAGUCGCUAUAUUGUUGGCCUUAAUGUGCAACUAUGCCUGUGAAGCCUGCGAGAUUGUGCUCUGGAAGAAAGACUGUAAGCCUUGUGUUGCAGAUGUAAAACCAGGAACAAUUCUCAACAAUGUUGGCGAACUUUUGGAUACAGUUGUGGAAUCAUUUCCACCAGCAGAUUCCAGCUUUGAAGAGGAAUUGGAAGAAUUUUUCAUUAGAAAACUUGAAACCCGAGAACAGAUUGACAACUUUAUCAUGGUAGAUGAUUGUGAAGUAGAGGGUGUCAAUAAUUUCAAAAGUCUCUAUAGACUUCAUGUCAAUCCAAACAUGCUCUUUGUCAAAGUGUCUCUCGGUGAAAAUCAGAGUUCAACUUUAAUUGAGAAAGAAAUGGGAAGCAGUGGUUUGAACAAAGAUAUUGAAGUAUUUGGGUUCAGUGAUCAAAUCUUAACUUUCAUAGAUACGUGUGGAGAUUCCAGCCAAUUGGUACAUGUGGAAAAUAUCGAUAAAGCCUACAAUCUCCAAGCUAAUGUACCUUCAAAAAUACCAAAACAGGUGAAGAUGUCAACACUGCAGGGAGGUGAAAGCAUUUCAGACAAAUGGAAAACCGUUCAAGUGUUCAUUUCUUCGACUUUCCACGACAUGCAUGGCGAGCGAGACAUCCUUACACGCUAUGUUUUUCCGAAAUUGAAACACUGGGCAAAAAAGCAUUUCAUUCAUAUCAACGAAGUAGAUUUGCGAUGGGGAAUCCCGAAACAAGAAGCAGAAUCUUCGAGAAAUCUUGCUAUCUGUUUAGCUGAAGCAGCAAACAGUGAUUUGUUUAUUGGAAUUCUUGGAGAACGUUAUGGCUGGGUGCCAAAUAAAGAGAAUAUUCCUGCUAGUUCAGACUUUGAUUGGGUACGUGAAUAUGAGGGACAGCCAUCUGUUACAGAAUUAGAAAUGCACAUUGCUGCACUUUCACGUCCUGAUGCAAAGAAGAAAACUGCUUUCUUCUACAUCCGAAAUGACCAGUUUUCAAUGAAAGUUCCAAAGAAAUGGAUGAAGUAUUUCGUUGCUGAAAACAGUGAUAAGCAAGAAAAAAUGGAUUCACUCAAAGAUAGAAUUAAAAGAUCUGGUUUUGAUGUUUGCAGUGGAUAUCCAGCUGAAUGGGGUGGAAUGAAAGAUGGUGUACCCUUUGCAUCAGGUUUGGAAUGUUUUGCAAAACGAGUUUUCCAUCAAUUACAGAAUGCAGUGAAGUCCAUGCACAUUGACAGUCAGCCUGCUACAGAGAAGGCAGUCAAAACCCAGAUGAAGAACUUACAUCAGGCAUUUGUUGAGAAGCAGCAGGCUUUGUUUAUUGGUCGAAAAGCUCUGCUGGAAAACUGUUUAAGCAAAAUUAAGGAAAUGUCCUCAGGUAUUCUGUUGAUUGAAGGGAAAGCUGGAUGCGGAAAAUCUGCUUUCCUCUGUAAGCUUGUACAAGAAUGCAUUUCUAAACAAUAUGCUGAAGCAGCUAAUGUUCUAGUAAAUAUCACUGGCAUCGCACCAGAUUCUACGAAUAUCAUGUUAGUUUUGAAACGCUUCUGUCACCAAAUGAAAAACAGCAAUAAUUUAGAAGCUCCUGUCCCAAAAGAAUACAAAAACAUUCUGAUGACAUUUUCACAAAUGCUCACCCAGUGUCGUCAUUCAGCUAAUGGGAAGAUUCUUGUCUUUAUUGAUGGACUUGAUCUGUUUGAUAGCAUCUAUCAGCCUCAGAAUUUGACUUGGUUGUCUGAAAUCCCAGAGGGUGUGGUCUUCAUAUUAUCUGUUGAGAAUUCUGGUCAGUACCAUAGAAAUCUGGUUCGAAGGAAAGACGUUUGCACUUUUAUGAUGCCAGGCUUGGUUAUGACAGAAAGACUACAAAUCAUACGAGAUGCUUUGGGUGCUUACCGUAAAGCAUUAAGUGAAUCCUUUUUCAACAAUCAGUUGAAAGUCCUGGCUUGGAAGAAAGAAGCAUCAAAUCCUUUCUUUCUUCAAAUUGCUUGUGAAGAACUGCGUGUGUUUGGUGUCUUUGAGAAAGUCACUGAGAAAGUUACUUCUUUACCAGAAACAACUCAAAGUUUGUUGGAGAAUGUUCUGGAACGUUUAGAAGAAGAAAUUGGCAGAGACAUUAUAAAACAUUCCUUGUGUUUACUGCUCUGUUCUAAAAAUGGUCUUUUGACAUCAGAACUGUAUGAUCUGCUGAAUCUUUGUAUGGUUAUCAAAGGUGAUCCAAAGGAAGAGAAAGUUCAUAUGCAUUUGAAUAACCCUCUGCUUCUCCAAAAUCUGACCUCUUCUCAUGAAUUUAUCCCCAAACACAAAUCUGUGCGAUUACAUUAUGUCCUCCACUGUUUUCUCAACUUUGGAGAAACGUAUGCAAGAACUGGAUCUUUAUCUAUCAAUUAUAAACUGUUGAGGACAGCAAUUCAGAACAGAUAUCUGAAAAAUGAGUCAGCAAAAUAUUAUCAUCAAAUUUUAUCAUCCUAUUAUUAUCAGAAAGCAGAUUACCAUCUUGAUGGUUCCUGGGUUGGAAAAGACAAACAUGCUUUAGCUGUAUUACCUUUUCAUUUGAUAACUGCAGAACUUUUCUCUCAGCUGAAGAACAUACUGACCAAUUUGAAUUUUGUGCAUUCUAUGUGCAUGUUUGGCCUGGGUUCCAUACUGCUGGAGUACUACUCACCAUGUUUUAUACAAUCUAAAAAUAUGGAGAAACUCUACAAUGCAGUUUUAGCUGAUCCUGAAGUAGAAGACUUCAAGGAUUUCCUCAAAACCAAUUUACAUAUCUUAAACAAGUGCCCAUCAUUAACAUGUCAGCAAGGGAAAACAGACUAUAAAUAA